UGUUAAUCUCCUCUUUUAUCUGUUAAUCUCUUUGGUGAUCUCGGAGGUGUGCACGACCUGGCUAGAAAACAAAUAAGUGGGCAAGGAGUGAGAAGAGAAGCGAGCAAUUAACAUGGGGAAGAUUCACCCGAAUGAUCAUCGGCUUGACGAGGAACCCAAUUCGAGUGGCGAGAUGAGCAACAAAAGAGAAACAUACACAGUAUGGAUGAAAUCGCUGGUGUUCCACUCCAAUGGCUGCACCGUCUACAACUCCGACGGCGACAUCGUGUAUCGGGUCGAUAACUAUGACACCAAGGGUACCAGAGAAGUCGACCUCAUGGAUCUCCAGGGCACAGUACUGUGCACCAUCCACAAGAGAAAACUAGGGUUUGGGUGCUGGGAAGGGUUCAGAAGCAACAGCAGAUCAAUGAAGGAGGAGAGGUGGUUCCAAGUGAAAAGAUAUCACAAGAUGAUGAUAAAGGGAAAAGGAGAGUGUGAAAUGAGAGUAGGGAAGCAGAAGUACUGGAUCGUAGGAAUGGGGGGUAAAUCUGCAGAGUUUAGGAUAAUGAACAUGGAAGGGCAAAUUGUUGCAGAGGUGAAGCAGAAGGAAUCGUGGUCAGGUGUAGUGCUGGGUGAUGAUGUGGUGACGAUGCAAGUGGAGGCCAAUACGGAUCAUUCACUCAUUAUGGCAUUCGUGAUGGUGUACGGAUUAAUCCGCCGCAGAAUGUAGACAACGUAAUUAAUCUCAUUCCUUUUGGUUGCAUAUCAGAUCCAUCAUCAUUUUUUAAUUCUAAUUCUCUGCCAGUUUUGUAUAGAUUAUUGAGGGAAGAAGAAGACUCGCUCUAGUAUACUAAAUUCUCUCUUUGAUGCUUUAAAUUUUUCCAGGCGAGGCGCAGCAGCGCAAUACAUACACAUAUAUGCACACACAUAUAUAUAUAGGCAUAUACUAUUGGUGAACCAAACACACGAACGUACACUUGAUUGUUAGUGGCGUUUAAUUCAAAAUC